AUGGCGCUGCACUCCUGGUCCCCGGAGCUGGGGUGCGGGGAGAAGGUGCUGCGACCCGCGGCGGUCUCCACCGGCCCCUCCCUGGAGUUGUGCACCUUCCCCUCCAGCCUGGGCUCCUCGGUGGCAGACGCAGCACUGGAGCAACUCUUGGUUGUGGAACAAUCACUGCAAGGGGACUAUUUUAAAUGCAACGAAGAAGCUAGGAUCUUUCUUAAGGACAUUGCUGUAGCUGUCAAGAAAUUGGAAGAAAUGAGAAAAGCCACAAUUGAUCUUCUGGAAAUUGAAAGCAUGGAACUCAGCAGACUAUAUUUUCAGUUGGAAACUCUUCCCACUAAUGUUAACACAGAAUUCGAAGAAUGUGUUAGAGAUGCUCGCAGAUUAAACCUUCUUGAGAUGGAUCAAUUACAAAAGAAAAUUACAAGGAUAAGUAAUGAAAUAGAGUUUCUAAAGAAGAAAAUACUUUAUCUGAAAAACAAGAAUAAAGUUCUGGGUAAAAAGCAAGAGGAGCUGGCGAGACAGCACCAAAAGUUUGUCCUGUCACUGAACAACACGAUGGGGAAGAAAGCCGCUGCUACUAUUUACAUCAAUGAGACUUACACCAAAAUAAACAUGGAGAAGGAAGAAAUAAAACUGCAAAGAAAACACAUUCAAGAUGUAGAGGAACAAAUUGAAAAAGAAAGAACUGAAUAUUUGAAAAGAAAAUCAAAGUUGAUUGAAAGAGUUGCUGAACAAGAAAGUCUCUGUGAACUUAAGAGACAGGACGCUUAUCAAAAGAAGAAAGAAUUGGAUAAAUUAAGGCUUAAAGAGGCAAAGAUGAAAGAAAAAAUGAAUACCACCACAGUGGUUCUUACUGAUCACAAUGUAGAGAUAGAACAACUGCAAGAAGCAAUAAGACAUUGGGAAGAAAAGAUUGAAGAAAUACAGAAAGCCUGUAGGACCCUGGAGAAUAAAAUGAAUUUUUUUAAUAAGAACAAGAAAGAACUGAAUGAAGCCUCUACUACUGAAAAAAAUGAUUUAUUGCAGAAGAUAAAGGAGAUGGCUGAAAAAAUACACAGAAUUCAAUUAGAGAACAAAGAUCUACAUGAGAAAUUGACUACUCUUGCCAGACAAUGCGAUAUAGUCGUACAGGAGGAGGAUAAAGUUUUUCUGCAGAAAAAGAAAAUCCAUGAUGAGAAUCACAAACAGCUGGCAUUUAUCACUCAGAAAGAGAACUUCCUGUCGCAAAGGAAAAUAGACAUCAAAAAUAUGGAAGAAGGACUCAACACGCUCACGGAGCUUCUCCGGGCAACAAAGGAAGUCUACCGGAAACAAAUAAAAAUCCUGAAUGAUAACCUGGAAAGAGAACGCCAGAGAUGUGUUAUAACUCAGUGGAAAAUAGCUUGCCUGAAAAGAAUGCAUAGUCGUUGGCUUUUCAAAUUGCAAAUUGCAUUGCAACUACUUGUAGAUAAAAUCAAGGCCACAGAAGCAAGACGCAGUCAAUUAUUACAAGAGACCACGUCUAGAGAAAAAGAGAUCACUGAAUAUUUGGUACAGAUUGAAAAAAUUACAUUAGAAUUAAAGCAAGAAGAGGAGGAAUUCACCGUCAAAGAGAAAAAGUUAAUUCAAGAGUUGAUCAAGUAUGAGGAAAAAUAUGUUCAGGAAACAGCAAGCACCAAAAUAAAGGAAGAUGAACUAGUCGAGUGCCUUCCCUACCUUCAGGUGGCAGAAGAAGAAUUUAACAUCAAAAACAAAAAGUGUGACGAGCUCAAUAGCAUUAUCGAAGCACAAAAAGAGGAACAGAAGUUGCUGGAAGAAGGCAUUUCUCAAAUGACAAGAGACUUUGCAAGAUACAUGAACAACAAGGAUAAAGUGAAGGAGGAAUUAGAACAAUUACGAGAUCAAGAAAACCAAAAAAUCAAAACUCAUUCUGAAAUUCUGAGGAACUUAGAAAAUGAAAUCUAUGCACAUGACCUAAAAACAGACGCUUUGCUCCUGGAAAAUAAAAAAUUAAAAAAAUACAUUGCAUACCUGAAGAACAAGAUACAGCGGUACGCUCAGGGAGAAGAUGUCCUCUUGCACGUCUCAAGCGACCUGUCUUGGCACCUGAUAGCUCAUCACACACGAUAUUUGGAUUUGUGGGCUGAAUUCCAGAUUACUGUCAAGGGAUUUGUACAAGAUGGUCUCAAGACCUUGCAAGAAAUAAAGUAUCUAAGAGACAAACUACAUGAGAGAGAUGAAAAGGUCGAGAGCAUCAGUGUCUGGCUACAAGGGAAUCUGGAGGAGCUCCGUCAUCUGGCCACUAUGGACCCUCCUGAAAAGAAGAAAGAAAGACGUAUCAAAAAAGCCUGUUUCCCGUUUGCUGGAGUACUGCAAAAAACAUUAACAAAAUAAUUUCAAGGAUACAACUGCUGUGAAUUCAAAAGGCAUAAACUACAGAAAAAGUGAGUGUACUUUUUUCACAAUUUGCAACUGUCAAUAGAAGUCUUAAAGUUUGAAAUUUAACAAACUUGUGUAACCCCCACCAAUAGCAGAAUCGGUAAAUAACCUCCCAAACAAUACAAAAGAAUAAACAUGGUCAAACUAUCAGGUUAAGCACUAAAAAUCUUAUUUUUGCUUCCAUGGUUACAAUUAUAAAAAUUGACAAGCAGCAUACCCAUCAAUAACCACCUCAGGAGAACAGUUUAUACCCGGUAUAUUUUCUGUACUUUGUUAAAUCUAAGAAGCCAUCAAUUGUUAAGAUUCAGAGAUAUCACAAUGUAGGGAAAAAACAGUGCUUCAGAAUCCAAAAAUAUGGCAUGCGUGUGCAUCCUUAAAAAAUGAGCCGUCUCAUCUAUAGGUGGGGCCUAAUCAACAAAACAAGCAAGCAAAAUAGACCAGACACAUGGAAAUAAAUACGGGUGACCAGAAGGGAGGAGGAUGGGUUGAGAAGGGCAAUGGGGUGAAGAAGGGGAAGAAGGGUCAAGUCAAAGAACCUGUGUAAAGGACCCGUGGACACAGGCCACAGGGCGGGGCGGGGUGGGGGUGGGUAGGUGAGAGUAAUGGGCGAAAAGUGGGGACAACUAGAACUGAACAAUAAUUUUUUAAAAGUAAUGAUGUUCCGCAAAAAAAAAAAUGAGUUGUAAGAAGGAGUAUGUGAGUACACGUGUUUAUUCAUUUGGGAAAAAGACAUUCAUCUCACUACCUAACAUUCUGAAUUUCCAUGAUUAUUGUGGCAAAUACAAAUGCAAAACAUUUGAGGCUUUCUGUAGUUAAGUUUUUCAUGACUGUUUUUCUUUACAUAAACAGGAAUAACCCGAAGAUAACUUCAAGCAAACUACCCAUAAACAGAAAACCUGUUAUAUAAAUUGUGGUCUAUUUUUGUACUAGAUCAAAAUACUGUGUUGGUCAAAAUAAAUAGGUAAGAUCGACAUACUUUAUUUCCAUGUUCGCUACCAGA